AUGUGGUCUGAAAAGACGAUAGGGAAGGCAUUUAGGUAUGUUGUAGAGCAUGUAUACCUCUCUACAACGUGCCUCCAUCUGCUUGUCUUGUUUUAUGGUCUUCUUCAAGAUAGAUUUAAUCUAUCUGUGAAGUUUACUGACAUUGACUACAUGGUCUUUACGGAUGCAGCCAAGGCAGUUCUCCACGGAAAAUCACCAUAUACAAGACAUACAUAUAGAUAUACUCCACUAUUGGCUUAUAUUACCUCAAUUAACAUUAUAUUUAAGAUGGAGAUUCUUUCGAAGCUUUUGUUUUGUGCUGUAAACAUACUUUCAGGUAAAAUCCUCGAAUGGUUACUUAUCUUGUUGGACGUAGAUAAUGACACUAAGAUUAAGGGAAGUGUUACUCUAAGAAGGUUUCUAAUUUCUACAUGGUUACUGAAUCCAUUUCCUGUUGUCAUUGCAGCAAGAGGAAGUGCAGAUGUUAUUCCUUCUAUUUUGGUCCUAAUUACUAUAUAUUUUCUAAUGAAAGCUAAAUACGAUAGCUUCAACAAUAAAGUGAAUAUUGUCAUUUCAGCUUUCUUCUUUGGUCUUUCUGUUCACUUUAAGCUAUAUCCAGUUAUCUAUGGUUUCCCUUUUAUUUUCUUUAUCAACCCAAACUACCUAAAAAAGGACAGGCCACUCUUCAGGUAUAUACUCAACCUUCCUAUUAAGGUAUUUACCACACUUAAUAUAGACCAGCUUAUAUUUGGAUUGGUCAGCUUUUCUACAAUCAUUUCCUUGAUCUCCUUUUUUUAUUAUAUAUAUGGUUGGGAGUUCCUAUAUGAAACUUAUUUAUACCAUGCAAUCAGAAAAGACCACAGACACAACUUUUCAGUUUUUUUUUACCUAUUUUACCUUACAAUGUACUCAGCAAAAGAGGCUCUUGCGUCAAACUUUGUUUACAAGAUUCUCCCAUAUAUAGCUUCUAUCCCCCAGAUGUUACUGGUUACAUUAUCAGGAAUAUCUCUAGUAAGGGAAGGUGAAUGCAUAAUGGCAAUUUUUUGCCAGACCAUUCUAUUUGUAGCUUUCAACAAAGUUUGCACAUCUCAGUACUUCCUAUGGUGGUUCAUCCUCUUCCCUCUCGCCCUCAGAGUUUACCUGACCAAUAAUAUUGCUCAGCUCGACGAAUCUAAAGGGAUAAUUCAUUCUGCUAGUGCUUCCUUCACACCAAUCCUCAUUUCAAUAGGAGUUUGGCUGAUUACUAAACUCUCAUGGUUAUAUUUUGCAUAUCACAUUGAAAUGCUUGGGCAGCCAUACUUUCUGAGUAUCGAAUUCCGGAUUCCUAGUGUUACUCAUUCAUCCACUAUUACAAUAAUGGCAGCAAAUGAAUACAGUAGGGAUAUUUUAAAUUAA